UCGAAAUGCCUGGAAAACACGCGUGUCCAGAUCCAGGAAUCGAUACUCGAUCAUCUGGAGAAACGGGAGCACCGAUUUGUCUGGCUUCGUGGUUCUCCAGGUACUGGAAAGACUGCUAUAUCGAUGAGCGUUGCCUCGGCUCUCAAAAAACAAGGUCGCUUGGCUGCAUCUUUCUUCUGGGACAAAAAUCGGAAGGGAGAGGGACUUGCUUCGAUUGAACAUUUUCCCUCUACUCUUGCACGUCAGCUCGCCUCGUUUAAUGCCGAGUAUGAGGGUCUUCUUGUC